CGUCCUUUGAGACCUCUGAGAAACUCAUUCUUCAGUUUCGAAUAGCCCAAGAGAUUUGGAAAUGGAGCAAAGCAGCACACCAACUGCCACCAAGCCAAUGGGGCCGCCAAGAACUAGCAUGUCUCGAGGAAGUGUGCGCAGUGGUUCUCGUGGUGUGUCAAGGGUAUCGGCAAACUCCAGAAUGACAUCCGGAAGAGGAUCAGCUGCAUCAAGUAAAAAAGAUUCAGAUCAAGAAGACAAAACAAGUACACCUCGGUUGAAUCCACCACGAAAACCUUCAAGACCCUAUGCUUCUGUUCGAGCAAGAAUUCGAAUCCGAGGUGGCAGACCAGUUGUUGGAGGUUUUGCAAAUGUAGGUGCAGUUUUUGGCGAAGCGAAAGUAGAAGAAUUGCAUCCGCAGAUUAUAAAGAUGGCACGAAAAUCAGGGCAGCUCAACCUUUCAAACAGAGGAAUGGUGGAAGUUCCAGACAAAGUUUAUCAUAUCCACGAAAUUGACAAUGAAGAAGCCAAGAAAUUAACAAUGAAUAUGAGCAUGGAUAAUAGUGAUGAUGACAGGUGGUGGGAACAGACGGAUCUAACUCGUUUGUACCUGGCGUCUAAUCAGCUGACAACUAUUUCUCCUAAGAUCAAUAACCUAAUGUCUCUUCAGAUCUUAGAUCUCUCGGACAACUGUCUCUCAAGCCUACCACCGACAAUAGGUGACCUUACGUGCCUUCAACGUUUAAAUCUCAGCCACAAUAAGCUAGAAGAGGUUCCUGCAAGCCUGUUUGUGCUCCCAGACUUAAGAUCAUUGCAGCUUGAUCAUAAUAAACUAAGUAGUUUGCCAGGUGAUAUGGGAAAUUUGAACGUCCUAGAGUAUUUGGAUGUAUCUCACAAUGAUCUCACAGAGUUGCCAUUAAGCAUAGGAUACUUGCAGAGACUUAGUAAGCUGAAUGCAUCUGAAAAUAAGAUAAAGGAGCUCCCAGUGGAAAUUGGGGAUUGCUUUGGCCUUGCCCAGCUUGAUCUAAACAAUAACCAGUUGACAGCUCUACCUGAGUCUCUGGGUAAUCUGCGUUAAAGUUUAGUAACAGGCUUGUAUGCCCGUCACAAUGCCAUCCAAGUAAUCCCUGCAUUGAACAAUUGUGUCGGUCUUAAGGAACUUCAUUUAGGAAACAACUUCAUUAAGGAAAUAGAACCAGAUCAGUUGAACUACUUGACUAGCAUCAGUGUCCUUGACCUCAGGGAUAACCAGCUUGAUAAUCUCCCAGAUCAGAUAACACUUCUUCAGGGUCUGGAACGUCUUGAUGUCACAAAUAAUAACCUGUCCACAUUACCUUAUCACCUCGGUCUGCUACCUCACUUGAAAUCUGUGCCAUUAGAGGGAAAUCCUCUAAGACUUAUAAGACGAGAUAUCGUUCAACGAGGAACCGUUCAGUUACUGAAGUAUUUAAGAUCAAGAGUUUCAGCUCCAGUGAAUUCAUUUCCUGGUGUGUUUGAGAAUUCCCCUGCUGACACCAAUCUCUUGAUGGAAGAGAAGGAUCCGGACAAGUACCAAAUGCGAACAUCACAGACAAUGAGCUAUCAUGAAAAGGCAUCAGAAAUACCAGACAAGCUAAUUGAAAAUGCAUCUGAAGCUGGAGUGCGGACAAUUGACUUGAGUAAAAAUGUUCUGACUCAAGUUCCAGAAAAGCUAGAAAUUUUGUCUGGACAUGUGUCAGAAAUCAUGCUUCCCAACAACAGAUUAACGGUGAUUCCUUCUUGGUUUGGGAAAUUUCAAAGACUCCAGUUUCUUGAUGUCCAAGGAAAUCAGCUUUCUGAUCUUCCAACAGAUCUGGCUGAGUUACUGCACUUGCGGGAAAUCAAUAUAAGUGCAAACAGAUUUGAACAGAUUCCAGCCUGUAUAUAUGAAAUGAAGCAGCUUGAAAUAUUAAUGGCUGCAGAUAACAAAAUUACUACUAUGUAUGUUGAUGGCCUUUCAAAGUUGGAACGGAUAGCUGUUUUAGAUCUUCACAAUAAUAGUAUAGACUUCAUUCCUCCAUUACUUGGAAACAUGACUCAGCUCAAAAGUCUUCAGUUAGAUGGGAAUCCAUUCCGUGUUCCCAGGAGGGCCAUCUUGGAUAAAGGAACUAGGGAAAUCCUCGACUACUUGCGGUCUCGAAUCACGAAUGAGUGAAAAUCUGUAAUUGUUGAGAUUUCAUUCAAGUUAUUUGUACUUAACAAGAAAGUUAGAGGUGCAUUUUUUAAACACAAUUCGUAAUUAAAGUAGAUGUGCUCUUCUUAUGCCACUAAUACAAUUUUUAGAAGUGGAUUUUUCAGAUCUUUAGAACUAACAGUUCCAGUGGCGAAUAAAGCAGUU